AUGUAUAUUGAGGCUGAUGUAAAGAUUAUUCUUAUACGUGUUAUAACAUUAUUUUUAACAUUUUCAACAGCAUUAAUUAUUGUACUUGGACCAGGAUAUUGUAUUGAAUUUACAAAAAAUUCUAUUCAUGGAAUGUAUUGUGAUAAUUAUUAUGCCAGCCGUUGGAACUUUAAAAUGAUUUCACCUUAUUUACAUACUAUUGUUAUACUUUUUGGUUUUAAUAGUGCACUUGUCAAUGCUUUAGGAAUUUAUAAUGAAUCAAUUAUAAAAAGAAAUCAAAAUUUGAUAACUAUAUAUUUUUGUAUUGCUAUCUAUUGUUUUUGUGGAUUAACAGAAAUUUUGAUAUAUUUUAAUAUACCAAAAACAUUUUUUUAUAGUAGUUCUAAUGAAAAUUUAAAUGUUAAAGUUUAUGGUUAUUUAGGAGCAGGAAUUAUUUACAUUUUUGCAGCAAUUUUAGCUGUACUUGACUUUUUUAUUUAUAGAAAUGAUUAUAUAUUUUAA